AUGGAUAAAAAUAAUAAUAAUUUAAACCUAAAUGAAGUGGCCAAUUCAUUUAUUCAAUUUUUUAAUAAAAAAAAUUAUGUAGAUAAAGAAAUAAAUUCAAAGAUAUUUAAUAAUACAGAGACUGAUCUAUGGUGGAUUACAGGUGAUGAAAGUAUUUUCCCAUUUUCAGGUUGGAAGCCAAUUCAAUUUAGAUUAAAUGGUAUGCAUUUCCUUAAUAGUGGUCUUGAUAAGUACUCAAUGACAGAAACUGAAAAAAUUAUUGAUAAUGAAAGACGUAUUAUAUUAUUGGUUAUUAAAACACUACAUAUGGGUUAUGGGAUGGUUAAUGAGUACACAGCUGAAAUUGCCUUAGUUUUAUCAGUAAAUGAAUCUGGUAAAAUAUUUUCAAUUAAAGAAUAUUUAGAUCCAAGUGAAAUUAUAAGAGUUGCAAAUAGUACUCCAGCAUUACAAGAAUUAUUUAAAAAAGUUUAUGGAAACUUCUUAAACUAA